CGCGCCAUGAGGCUGCCGUAGCGCCGCGGAGCCGGCGCAGCCCCGCCGAGCCGCCCCCAUGGCGAAGGAGAGGAGCAGGAAGGCGCUGGUGGAGCUGCUCCAGCGGCCGGGGAACGCGGCGUGCGCCGACUGCGCCGCCCCGGACCCGGACUGGGCAUCCCACAGCCUGGGCAUCUUCAUCUGCCUGAGCUGCUCGGGCAUCCACCGCAGCAUCCCGCAGGUCAGCAAGGUGAAGUCCGUGCGCCUGGACGAGUGGGACGAUGCCCAGGUGGAGUUUAUGGCCUCGAAUGGAAACAAUGUAGCAAAAGCAAAAUAUGAAUCUAAAAUGCCACCGUUUUAUUAUAAACCAACGUAUCUUGACUGCCAAUUACUGCGGGAGCAGUGGAUCAGAGCCAAAUAUGAACGAAAAGAGUUCAUCCACAGUGAGAAGCAGGAGCCUUAUUCUGCAGGGUACAGAGAAGGAUUUCUGUGGAAGAGAGGACGCGACAAUGGGCAAUUCUUGAGCCGAAAAUUCGUGUUAUCAGAGAGGGAAGGUGCUCUGAAGUACUUCAACAAAAACGAUGCAAAAGAACCCAAAGCAAUUAUGAAGAUCGAGCACCUAAACGCCACUUUCCAGCCUGCCAAAAUUGGGAACCCACACGGGCUGCAGAUCACUUACUUGAAGGACAAUAGCACAAGGAACAUCUUUGUCUAUCAUGAAGAUGGCAAGGAAAUCGUGGAUUGGUUCAACGCCAUCCGGGCAGCACGCUUCCAUUACUUACAAGUGGCAUUCCCUGGAGCCAGUGACUCUGAUCUGGUGCCAAAGCUUUCUAGAAACUACCUGAAGGAAGGAUACAUGGAGAAAACAGGGCCAAAGCAAACAGAGGGGUUCAAGAAGCGAUGGUUCACCAUGGAUGACCGACGGCUCAUGUAUUUCAAAGAUCCCCUGGAUGCCUUUGCUAGAGGGGAGGUUUUUAUUGGGAGCAAGGAGAACAGCUACAAGGUGCUGGAAGGGCUCCCACCAUCCACGCAGGGGAACCACUGGCAGCACGGGAUCACCAUCGUCACCCCGGAUCGGAAAUUCCUCUUCGCCUGCGAGACAGAGGACGACCAGCUGGAGUGGAUCAACACCUUCCAGAAGGUUAUCAGCCGGCCAAUGCUGCCUCAGGAAUAUGCAGUGGAAGCCCAUUUCAAACAUAAACCUUAGCUGGGACUGGCUGGGCAGACCUGAGGAGUGAGCUUCUGUUUACAACACAACGUGGUUUUAUUUGAAAUGUUAAGAAUAAUUCAUAAUAACAGUAAUAAUAAUAACAAUAAUAAUACUUCCCUUUCCCCUCAUCAUUCACGUGAUCAUGUCGGAAGGGCGGCGGUGGAACGUCGGAGAAGAUCCUGAUCCAACUUGAAUUUCAGCUCUGUGGCUGCUCUGUGGGGUGGGACAGGUGGCCCCACACCCGC